CUCUGACAUAACAUAUGAAAACAGUAUAAUUCUCCCCCUGUUAAUGUUAAUUAUGAUUUUAUAGUGUAAAAAUUUAGUUUUAUACUGAAAAUUAUAAAAAAUAACAUUUUAUUGUGUUUUAUUUUAAAUAAUAAAUAAUAACAAAAUGGGUCGACGUUCAAUAAACACCACGAAAAGUGGGAAAUAUAUGAAUCCCACUGAUCAAGCACGAAAAGAGGCUCGAAAAAAGGAAUUAAAGAAAAAUAAGAAACAAAGACAAUUAGUAAGAGCUGCUGUUCUUAAAGGAAAAGAUCCAACACAAAUUAUUGAAGAGAUGGAGAAAAUUGAUCAAAUGGAAUAUAAUGUUAUGCAGCCUCCUCCAUUAAAUGAAAAAGUAUUAAAAGAUAAAAGAAAGAAAUUAAAGGAAACAUUAGAUCGUGUUUUGAAAAUGUAUGCUAAAGAUGAUCAAGAAAAAUGGACAGAUCUCAAGGAACAAUUAAUUCAAUACGAACGACGAAGAACAGAUUUAUUAACAUAUUUUGAAGCAGUAAGGCACGCUCAACAAGUACAAGUUGACGAAAUUCCUUUACCAACUGCUGUAAAUGAUAUUUCUCGAAUGUACUCUGGUUCCUUAACGUCACAAAUUCCUUUACCAGAUCUCCCACAACCUCCUCCCCAUCUUUAUUCGUCUCAUCCUCAUUUAGUAAUGACACAUCAUCCAUUAAUGAACAUUCCUGUACCCACAAGUAUUUUGAAAAAAACAAGUGCGUACUCUUUAGCUCCAGUUAUUCCUACUUUAUCACCAAAUAAAGAAGCUCCAGGUGUUCCACCUUAUCCACCCGUUGAACUUGAUAGCGAUGAUGACGAUAUUUCCGAUAAGGUCAAAGAAUCAAGUUACAAAUCGAAGACAAUUCGAUUUGCUGAUGAGAGGGGUAAUAAAUUGAAACACGAUUAUGAGAAGGAUCAAGAUAAAGACGUGACAAAAGUAAAACCAACGAGUCUUCAACAAAAAAUGUUGGCAAUGGCAGGACAAGAUAUUGAUCAAUUUAUGCGGGAAAUGGAAGUGGUUCAUAAGAAACGUGAAACAGAACGAGCGCAAGAUUUAAAUGUCCGUCUAUCGUUACUAAAGGAUGUCGAUUCCGAGAAAACAAAUAAAAGCACAGAAUCUGGAAAUACCGAUAACGAUCAUGAAUCUAGUGGUAAAUCAACGGAUCAUUCAUCAGUAUUAAAUCAUUCGGCAAUGUCUCAUCCAGCUAUGCCUCUUAUGGGUCUUCCACCGCCACCACCUUUACUAUUUCGACCUCCACCACCGCCAAUACAUCUUAGGAUGCCUCCACCUCCACCACCUCGUCACGGACUUAGACUUCCGCCAGGUCCGCCUCCAGGUGUACCGCGUUUACUGCGACCAGGACCACCGAGUAUGCCACGCAUGCCACCACCACCAAUGCAAAUGUCUAAUUUGAGCGGUGUCUCAAGCAAUCAGUUGCAGCAGCAAAAUGCAUCCGGUGCAGUGGCGUCAAAGACACCAAAUGUAUUGUCCGCAGCGCCACAAUUGAUAAAUCGAAAAGAUAAAGAUGGCAAGAGCACAACGACAAUAGAAGCUAAACCACAAAUACGAAAUUUGGCAGCGGACGUAACAAGAUUUUUACCAACUUCCUUGCGAGUCAAGCGAGACGAUAAAAAGAAGGCAAUUACAAUGCUUAGGUUACCAGAGAAAUUCCCUGAGGUACAACCAACAAAAGUUGUACCACCAAAAACAAAGGAUGACGCUUAUAUGCAAUUUAUGCAAGAAAUGGAAGGUUUACUUUAAAGAUUAAAAUUAUUUUUAUUUUAAGUACAUAGAAUCAUUAUGUACUUGUCGAAUUUAAAAAAAAAACUAGUUUAAUAUAAGACAAUGCAACACUUUUAAUUAAUUCAAUAAACAUUUAAAAAAAAAAAGCA